GUAGGAGGACGCUUCUCUUCAUGCGUCGCGGCUGUGACGCAGGGUGAGCGUUGCUGUGGCUGCUGCUGCUGUGCCGUUCCCACAACGCAGUUGGGUUGCCGGCCUGGCGGUGGAGCUUCCCCCAUGGAAGGUAACACUUCUUAUUUCAGUAUGGACCGAUUUGAAGAUUUGUCAGAUGGUGAAGUGGAUCACGCUUUCUAUGAUAGUGAUUUUGCAGAGGAGGAGAAGAAAACAGAAGAAAAUGGUGAAUGUAUAGAGAAAGGAAGUACAAAGAUGGUUCUUUCAGACCCUGAUUUGAUGGCUAGUUCAAAAGAUGCAAACUGUUGUGAGGAGGACGGUGAAGAGAAGCAGGAAGACCUGCAGAAGGAUCCGUUCCUGGAAGAUAGUACAGACAAUCCUGGGGAUGCUUCAUCUUUCUCACUUCCUCCAGUUUGUGAGAAUGCAGGUACAUCUGGAGCAACGACUGCAGCAAGCAGAAUACAGGAAAAUGUUCCUGCUGGAAUCCCUGAAAUAAAUUAUUAUACAAAUGAAGAAGAUAGUGGUGAUGAUGGCAAGAAACAGAAGAUUAGACCAGAGUCAGCUAAGCAGUCCUACGAUGUAGGAGGGGCUACCAGAACAUACAGUACUACCAGUUCUUCUUCCUCAUCCUCAAGCUCAGAUACAGAUUCUGAUAGCUGUUUAUCAGAUUCAUUGCAUUCUUCCUCCAAAAGAAAUGCUUGUGGUGUGGCUCUUCCAUCUCCAAAACAAAAAUUUGCAUCAGCAAUAAAAUUACCAGGAGGAAAACCAAAGCUCGGAGACCACGUGGAGGAAUCUGAAGACACAGAAUCGAAGUCUGAUUUCAGCAGUAAUCUGUUACAUGAUGAUAUGGAGCUGAAUCAGUGUUUGAAAGCUGCUCUACAGUUGGAGAAUAAAGAACAGCGAAAACUAACUGCAGGUCAUCCAUCUGGGAGAAUGGGGGGAAACUUUUCCACAAACGAAGAAGUUAGGUAUUGCUCCGAUUUUAAAGCUGCUCUAGACUUGAGGGAUAAACGACGACGAAAACUAGGCAUCAUUCAUCCAUCUAGAGGAACGAGGAAAAAUUAUUCUUUCACAAAUGAAGAAGUUAGACGAAUUGAUCAGGAAAACCACAGGCUGCUCCAAGAACUGGCCCGACUGUGUGCAAUGCCAGGAGGCAGGACAGACACACUGAAGAAGGCUGCUUUACCAUCUCUUCAAGUGUACCACAGUGCCAUCAACAGGCAGAAGGAGCAGCGGAGAAUAGAAAAAGAAAACCUGGCUUUACUGAAGAGACUGACAGCAGUGAAACCAACACCUGGAAUGAGGCGUUCUGAACAGCUAUGGGACUAUCAGCGCUACGUGAGCUAUGCAAAUACUUCACCAUCUGCAAGAGAAGAACGUUCUUUUUCCAGGCAGCAUGGCUUGUCUCGAGAUGCUUCAAGAGCAUACGCUGCAUCAAGUACAAUGAGACAGAGGACAGAAAAACCUGUGUCAGUUUCACCUACUGGGGCAUCGCAGAGACCUAAAUCCACUUCUGUUCAUGCUGCUUGUUUGAAGUGCAAGCAGCGUCCUUAAAUUUUAAUUCCUGGGAACCUCAGAGACUUGAGCUAAAUUGGAAGAAUCGCUCAAGGCCAUUCUUCAUAUGGAGUUUACAGGAUUUUCUCUGUACCAGAGCCUAUCAUUCGUCAGACUACAGCAGCAUUUACUGAAGAUCUUGAGGCAUCUCAGCUGUUACCCCUCACUCAGAUAAGCAUUGGCUAGCUGCGUUUGUCUUUUAUGGCAGGUAUUAUCCUAACUGUCAGCUAAACACUUUCAGGAUAAAUUCUUAUUGAAAACUGCUAUUUUUUCUUUCUAACAUGUUGACCAAUAAAGUUUUCUUGUAACUGCU